AUGACUUCAACUCAAUUAUUUAUUUCACCUACAACGGGCUCAGAUGACAAUGGUGAUGGUUCAAUUGAAAAACCAUUAUCAACACUUCUUAAAGCUAUGAUGAUUGUUAACUCAUCAGAAGGAAAUUUUAUGGUUGAAGUUGAAAAAGAUGGUGUAAAAAGUUAUGAACCUGCAUCAAAGACAGCUCUUAAAAAAACUAAGGGACGUUUUGAACAGGAACAAAAAAAAUUAGCAAAAGCUAAUGAAAAAAAGAAAAAUGAUGCAUUAGCAGCUGAAAAAAAUAUUGAAGAAGCUAAAAAAAUAAAAUUAGUUUUAGAUGAAAGUUUACCUAAAGCUACUUUUGUUAAAUUAAGAGAUAUAACUUCUUUUAUUGAUAAAAGAAUUAUUAUUAAAGGAUGGGUUCAUAGAUUAAGACAACAAGGAAAAAAUCUUAUAUUUUUAACUAUUCGUGAUGGAACAGGAUAUUUACAAGUUGUUAUGACAGAUAAAUUAUGUCAUACAUAUGAAGCUUUAACUCUUACAACAGAAUCAUCUGUUGAAAUAUAUGGUACAUUAAGAAAACUUCCUGAUGGAAAAAUAGCUCCAGGAGGAGUUGAAUUAACAGCAGAUUACUGGAGACUUAUAUGUACUGCUCCACCAGGUGGUAUAGAUAAUGUUCUUAAUGAAGAGGCAGGUGUUGAAAUUAAAUUAGAUAAUAGACAUCUUGUAAUUCGUGGAGAAAAUACCUCAAAAUUAUUAAAACUUCGUGCAUCUAUAACAAGAGCUAUGAGGGAACAUUUUAAUGAUUAUCAUUAUACAGAAAUUUUUCCACCAACACUUGUUCAAACACAAGUUGAAGGUGGAUCAACACUUUUUGCUUUAGAUUAUUUUGGUGAACCAUCAUAUCUUACUCAAUCAUCACAAUUAUAUCUUGAAACAUGUUACUCAUCACUAGGAGAUGUUUAUUGUAUAGCACAAUCUUAUAGAGCUGAAAAAUCUAGAACACGUAGACAUUUAGCUGAGUAUGCUCAUGUUGAAGCAGAAUGUGCUUUUAUAACAUUUGAUGAAUUAAUGGAUAGAAUAGAAAAUUUAGUUUGUGAUACUGUUGAUAGAUUAAUGAAAGAUCCAAAAAUAAAAGAAGAUAUAUUAUCUAUGAAUCCAUCAUUUGUUCAACCUAAAAGACCAUUCCUUAGAAUGACAUAUAAAGAUGCUAUACAAUGGUUAAGAGAUCAUGAUGUUAAAAAUGAAAAUGGUGAAUUAUUUGAAUUUGGUGAAGAUAUUCCAGAGGCACCAGAAAGAUUUAUGACUGAUAGUAUUGGUAAACCAAUUUUAUUAAAUCGUUUCCCAGCAGGUAUUAAAGCUUUCUACAUGUCACGUUGUGAAGAUGAUCCAAGUUUAACAGAAUCAGUUGAUUUAUUAAUGCCAAAUGUUGGUGAAAUUGUUGGAGGUUCAAUGCGUCUUUGGAAGGAGGAUGAUCUUAUGAAUGCUUUUAAAAAUGCUGGACUUGAUCCAAAACCUUAUUAUUGGUAUACAGAUCAAAGAAAAUAUGGUGGUUGCCCACAUGGUGGUUAUGGACUUGGAUUGGAAAGAUUUAUCUGUUGGCUUACUAAUACAUAUCAUAUAAGAGAUAUUUGUUUAUAUCCAAGAUUUGUUGGUCGUUGUGCACCAUAA